AUGGUUUGCAGAAUUCAGUUAGCAAGAUACAAGACCGAAGACAAAACUGUGAGAUUCAAAGAGGCAUCUUCAAGUCUCAGUGACAUGCAUCUCUCACAGGAAAAAAUAAAGGAAAAGCACAACUAUAUCUUUUCUCCAGACUCUCAGACAUUUACAGAUGAAAAGUAUCACGGAAAAGCCAGCCGGAAAAUAUCUGUCUAUAAGCGCCAUUGCAGGGAGUAUAGAUAUGCCCAUGGUUGUGAGAGUUUUCAGUAUCAAAUUCCUCUAAGUUCUGAGACUUGCACCUCUAAUGUGUCAUCGGUUGUUGGCAGCCCAAAUUCCGAGAGUCCUAAAUCUGUCACAAGACAAAAGACUCGAAGAAGUCUUACAUAUUCUUUGGAUGUGGAAACUCAAAAAUGUGCCAGAUGUUUUAUGGAAAUCAGUAACUCUUCUUUUCAUAAAUGCCCCAUAAAUUCUGAUGAUUCUGACUCUGAUUCUUCUUUAUAUGGCCAGAUUUCCUCAGAUUCUAAAUAUUCUCUGAGCUCUAAAACUGUUAGACACUUCAAGACUUCUCGAAAUAGCCCUUCAUCUCGAUCCCUGGAUCCUAAGCAUCAUGUGGGCAUCCGCUGCUCUCUGCAUGGGGAUGAUUUUAACUAUUCUGUGGAUUCUACCUCUUAUUUACAUUGUGAAAGUUGUUCAGCUCUCCAAAAUCUUAAGAGCUCUGCUGCUACCCAUACCAUUCCUAUAACAUCUAAAAAAAACACGGGCAAACAUAAUACCUGUGGCCACAUAUUGUCAACACCAGUAAGAUUAUCUGAAAGUGAAAGCAAGUUCAACCUUACUGCCCAACCUCAAAAUAAGGAUAAUCCUGAUGACAGCAUUAUUAAAUUUAUCAGUGCUAGAAAUAUCAAAGAUGAGGCUGAUGUUGAAGAUAAACUUCUUUCCAAAGAUGAGACAGACCAUGAAGAUGAGACAAAUACUGAAGAUGAAACAGAUGCUGAAGAUGAAACAGACACUGAAGAUGAAGACAACGACAAAGAUAAGAAAGGUCCCAAUGACAAAUCUGACCCUGAUGGCAAUGAUCCUAAAGAUGGCAACUCUGAAAAUAAUACUGAUAGCAAUAGUAGGUCUGAUCCUAGUGGUGCUUCUGGGCCUACAAGUGGACCUGAUUACAGCAAUGAUGGUGACUCUAAAAAUGUAACUGAUCGCAACAAUCAAUCUGAUCCUGCCAAUGAUAAUGCCUCCAACAGUGACAUUAACUUGAAAUAUAUCACUGAUUUAGACAGUUCUUCUGAUCUGGCAGAAGAUUUCAAUCAACACAGUAAUGCUACCAAGGGUAGCACAAAUCCAACCACUGCCUCUGGAAACGAAAAUAGAACUGUGCUGGACUACAUUUCUGGUUCCAACAAUGAUGCUGUUCCUAGAAAUGACAUUGGACAAGGAAAUAAUACUUACUCUGAGAAUAUUAGACCAAUUGCCAACAGUUUUGACUUCAUCAAAAAUGAGACUGAUUCUAACAACAAUCCCAGUCCCCCAAAUAGCCAUAGACUACCAAAAGAUCUUGAGUCUAACUAUAAUACCAAACCCUGUAAUGCUACUAGUCACAAUGUUGUUAAUCCUAACAAUAUUUCUGAUCCUAACUAUAACACAGAGUCUACUAGCACUGCUGUUCACAAAUAUACAGAUGCCAUAAAACAUUAUUCAGACCUUAAUGAUAUCACAGUGUUUACAUACAAAGUAGGGUCAAGUUUUCUAGUUAACCCAAACUAUUUUUGCAUAAAGAAAUAUAUUAGUAGACCCAGCUCUUUACUUAACACUACCAAUGCCAUUGCUACCAGCAACAUCACCAGCUGUACUAAUGCUAUUAGCUCUCAGUUUACUGCUGGAAAAAACUAUGCCCCAGAUAAUAAACAUUUCCCUAGAUUUAGUCAUUUUAAUGGUUUCAACAUUAUCAUCAAAAAUAUUCAGAAUGCUCAUAAUUCUACUAGUACCAUCAAUACUAGUAUUUUCACUGAUACUGAAUUAAAAAUCAGCUCCAUAUCAUCUAUUCUUAAAAUUAUUUAUGGAAAUAUCUCUAAUUUUAUUGCUGGCACCAACCAUAUUUCUUAUCCUGAUUUUUUGAUAACCUCUGAAUUUUAUGAUCCACUUGAACAUGGUAGAGUUUAUAUAAUUUUUGAUAACCAAAAUAUUGGUGCUCAGUUCCAAAACUCUGCUGCAUACAUGGACUCUGAUACUUCUAAGUAUGCCACUGGGUCAGCAGAUGCCCUUGAUGCCAAAGAAUCUGGCUUUUUAAAAGAUUUUCCUAGGGUCCAGAAUCCAAUUGGCAUCAAGGAUUCUUCUCCUUUCAAGAUUCUUUCCAAUCAAAAUAUUCCACUCCCUAGUUUUGAUGUUAUAGUGGAAGCUGAACUACAAGAUGUUGUGAAGUGUGCUAUAUCAUCAGGUGCUGUGAAUCAAUUAUUUAAGUGGAAGAUGUGUUUCUUAGAAAUUUUCAGUCUGAAAUACCACGAAAGAUCUCCUGUUCAAAGAUAAAGGCAACUUGCUCAAGCUCAGCCUCCAAACAGGUAGCAGACAAAACCUUGGCCUUUGAUUAAUGAAAAGAACACCUUGAGAUAGAAAAGACAAAAGCACAACCAAGAAGGAUCUGAGGAUAUGAGCAAAUAACUUCAAAAAGAACUACAAAGAUCCCUGAGCAAUGUUUAUUUUAUGUUUAUUCUUAGAUAUUCUCCCUAUUAUAUGUCCAUGCAUUUAUUGUCUGUUGUGGCCACAAAUAUUUCAAAGUACCAUGUGAUAUUUGCCCCAUCCAUAUUACUUAUAUGUGACAGACUCUGGAAUUAGGAGAAGGACACACUAUAAUCUUCUCUAGACAUACAAAAGUAAAUUUUAUUGUUAAAUAUUCAAAAUGCAGACAUGUUUUCCAACCAGAAAUUCUUCCCUUUAUUUUUAUUCUUAAGAAGAUAGCUUUACCCUUAAAAAAUUAAAGACAAAUUUUAUUUAGUAUUGUGGUGACCAUUUUAGAUUUAAAAGAACCCAUUCUUAAUCUAUAUUUUAUUGUUAAUCUUAAUUGUUAUUGUUAUCACUGUCU